UAGAUUGAAAACCAGAUUCAAGUUCUUGCACUGAAUUGAAUAUCGAUAAAUAUGAUGCAGCAUGUGCGAUAUAGACAAUUCAUACCUCUAUAUAAUCUGAACCCUUCUGGUAUCUAUGAAUCUCAAAAAUUACGAAUUAAAAUUACAUAAUUGUAAGACCAAUGUUCAUUCUCUUUGAAAUUUAAUCCAUAGAACGGAAGAUGGCUGAAUAAGCUGGUGAACGCAAAUGUGACCUUUUUAAAGUAUUUAUUUCGAGGCCAUCAUUACAGGAUCUCGCGGCUAUCUGUGUGAUUUUCGAUAACCAAAAUACGGGAAAUGUUAUACAGACUUUGCCUGAAGCGCAGAGAUGCGCUGCUGUUUCUGGUGCUGUGCGGUCUGGUGUGUCUGCACCUUCUGCUGGACGAUCAGCCCGCUGCUGGUCUGCUGGACCACCAAGACGAUCUCCAACCACUGCCCAAAGAGGUAGUCUUCCUACUCAUCUUGUGCCAAGUUGACGGUCCCGCGGAAGGCCACGCCAUGGCCAGCGCCGUGACUCGCCAGCUGCAGCAGACGCGAGUACUGCUCACCUCUGCGCUGGCGCUCACUGCUACGCGGCUCAGGUUCAUAGUGGUGGCUGACUCAGAGGAGCUCUACUCGAAACUUGUCGCUUUGAGUACCGACUUCCCGCCUCAGUAUCGGGAUAAACUGAGUUUCGAGUACCUGCCAGUGUGGUACCCAAAUGAUCGCCUCUACAUGAGAAACAUGUUCCGUGAGUGUGCCACGGAGAGGUUGUUCGUGCCCGCCAUGCUACCAAAAGAAGAUGCCAUUAUUUACAUCGACACAGACUUCGUGUUCUUGCGGCCGCCCGAAGACUUGUGGGCGCACUUCCAUAAGUUCGACUCUGUGCAGGUGGCAGCCAUGGCACCUUGUCUCUACCAUUACGGCACCAGCAAGAACAGUCAGGUUCCGUUCUACGGGCCGACGGGCCUGAACGCUGGCGUGAUGCACAUGAAUCUCACGCGCAUGAAGAGCUUCCCUGACGGCGGCUGGCUUGAGGCAAACUUGCUGGUCUUUGAUAAGUGGAGAGACGCCAUCGUGCUGGCUGACCAGGACAUCCUCAACAUCCUCUUCCAUAAGCACCCAACGCUGCUGUACGAGCUGGGGUGCGAGUGGAACUUCAGGCUCUUCCAGUGCCGGGACGGGGAGAACGCGUGUCCGGCGGCCGCUGCUGAGGGCGUGGCGCUCCUGCAUGGCAAUGCACUCACCUUCGCUACCGACAGGGAGCCCAAAAUUAAGGCGGUGUACGAUACCUGGGACCAGCACGAGCUUGGCACCUCCAUCGCCGCGCUGUACGCGAGCCUGCGCCAGAACCUCCGCGAUGCGACCAUAUCUGCGCAGGGCUGCUCCAUGCUCCCCGACAUUGAUGACGUCUUGAGCCUUCAACUUCUGAGCUUUUUGAAACGAAAAAACGCUUUAUAAUAUGUAAAUUACUGUAUAAAAUUAUGAAAUAUCCAAAGAAACGAACGUAUUGUUAGUUGUAAGAUAGUUUUAAAUACAGUGAUAUUAUGUUUUUGAGAAUAUAUUUUCUUUCUGGCAAAGUUCACUAUUCACUAUAAUAAGGUUUUACGAUAUUUUACAAUAACCGUAGGCCUCUGAAUUGUGCACAUCUUAGAAAAUGUGGUAUUUAUAUCAGUAAUUCAUGUCAGGUGAGAGAAUAUUAACUGUUGGUUAGAUACUAAUGAUUUGUAAAGGCUCAUUAAUUUUGAACAUUUAAUUCGAGGUGGAACUGAUACAAAUUUGUCGAUAAAUUUGGUGAUAAAUAGGUAGAAAUGCAAUU